AUGAUCCACGCAAUACUGACGGAUAGUCCGGAGUUCCCUCUACGCAAUGUUGAUAUAAUUGGCUGUGGGAGUACAUUGGGCAAUCUGUUACGCUUUGCACGUGGCAGUCCUCCGUCUUUCCGGAUGCUUGUGGAAGUAGUCGGCAGCACAGUCUUCCUCAUCAGAAGGGAAAAGUCGCCUACCGAAACCAUUCCAGAUAUCCGGGGUUACGGACAUACAUUUCCCGAGUCUUACACUAGCUGGGAUCCCAGCGUCAAAGGGUCCGAGUCUCAUCAGCGGUUGGUCAACUACAACUUCGCUGGCAUGAAAUGUGUAGUGCGUUUUGAGGUGGACGGUUUCCUACCCGACUUAGUCACCGAAGACUUAAAGGUCCAGAAAAAUCAUGCUUCUGAGACUGCCGAUGUUGAUACGAAUGAUCUUGUGUCAUCUAUUCAAGGGUUGAUGAUUUCAAGCGUCAGCGUGGGUUCAGCCUCUGAAGAUGCCACAGUAAAGGCGCUCAAAGUUUCAAAAAAAGGCCACUAUAUCCCUCAACGGGCGGUAUUCGACCUCAAAACGCGAUCUAUCAUGAGAGUCCACGUCCGUACGCUCGAAGAAGAGCUACCUCGGCUUUGGAUCCGGCAAAUCCCCAAUUUUAUUCUCGCAUAUCACACGCUCGGCAGGUUCAACGACAUUCGGGUUCAGGACAUACGUGAAGAAUUAAAGCAUUGGGAAGCAUCUCAACAACCGGCUUUGAUCAAAUUCGCCACCUUACUACACAAUAUAGUAUCCUUUGCUCGUGGUUUGAAUGACUGCAAGUUUGAAAUUGAGUACGAGGAGGGCGAGAAGAUACUCAGUUUCCGAGAGCCUGGAGGAGUUGUCAACAGUGUCUUGCCAACGAGUCUAGCAAGAAUUUAG